AUUUAUUUACAAUGUCUUACAAAUCACACUACUCACAUAUGUGUUGAGAUCUCAUAUUAAAUUCAUUCAACUUUAUUCUAAAUAAUAAUUUUUUAUCUUUUUAUUUUUUUUGAGUCCUCAACUUCUUCAAACUCUAUUCAAACUUAUUAAUCCUUUAUUUUUGAAAAUGACCAAAAUACCCUUCUUUUUGUUUACACAUAGAAAGAAAAACCCCACUCAACCACAGUUUUUAACAGAGUCGCAGACUACAGAGAGAAGAGAAGCCUAAUCAACAAAAAUAUCUCCAUUUCAGACCUCUCUCUCAUUCAUGGUACUCUUUUACUCCUAACCCUUGUUCAUUUUUUCACUCUUUAAUGCUUCUGAAUCUCAAAGUUUGUUUCUUGAUCUAAGGCAUUCAUUCUAACUUUUCCUCUUUAGAUCAUAGAUUUCCCCACCAUUAAAAAAAGCUUCAAUCUUUUUUCAUCUUCUCAGUUUUCUCUCUUCAAAUCUACUAAAACCCCACAUGGGUAUUGCUCUUUUCUCAGUUUUAUAGUAAGUCUAUAAUGGGUUUUAUGCACUCAAGGCUUAUUGCUUAGAAAAAGAAAAGAAAAUUGCUUUUUUGUGUAUGAAUUAUACUUUUGUGAAGUUUUAAGAUUAUGGGUAGAGGUAGAGGAAAAGGGAAGAGAUUAACUGUGAGCAAUCACGAUGACACCGGAAGUGGUGAGGAAGAAAAGAUACCGGCACAGAAGAGAAGAGGAAGACCUCAAAAACCAUUGAAGGACGAGAUCGAUGAAGAAGAAAUUGAGAAAACAGAAGAGGAAGAUAGUGAGAAUGCAAAAGCUGUUAUAACAACAACAACAACAACAACAACUAAAGAGGCGAAAAGUCCAACUGCAGCAGAGAAUGGAAAGAAGAGAAAACGAUAUUCGCAGGUAAAAGAGAAAUCAUCAGAUUCGGUUAAGGAAGAAAAUGGUAAUGGAACAAGAUCAAGCACUGAUGACUCAACUAAGUCUAAUGGAUUUCGACAUAAUGGGAGUAGGCGAAAAAACAAGCCCCGUCGAGCUGCUGAAGCUGGUGUUGAAUGCAAGUGAGAGUGAGACUAGUACUAGUAGUUCACAUGAUAUAUUGCCAUAGAAACUGAGGCAGAGUACACCUCUAGUUUCUAGUUUGCAGGUUUUUUGUUCCUUCCUACACCUUUUUUGGUAAUGCCCAUGUCAUUAAUUUCUUUCUUAUUUAAUUUGAAAUAUUUGGAAUUCAUUAUGUUGGUUGUAGUUUUUUCUUAUUAUGAUAUAUAAUGAUAUUUAAAUUCUUGACUA